CAGCAAUGUCAAGAUUGGUAUUUCCAAUUAACUUAAUGUUAUUGUCAUUGAUAAAACGCUGGGUAAGGGUAUAAGUGACCUCAAACGUAGGAACAGUACAUACCCUUGUGCUUUUAUUUUUAAAAUGAUUUACAUAUAAAAUGAUGCUCAUGUUUGAUUUUUCUUUUUUUCUGGGGGAUGGGUAUUUAUUUUCCAGGGAUCCCAAGUCAUGAUCUGCAAGGGACAAACUCCCCCGAGUGUUAUGCACAACUUUCAUGGAGUCUCGCAGAGUUUAAUAAUUACAUUUGUCAAAGCUUCCCAUCAGUUAGCCUAAAUGUUAUUGGAUUUCAUCUCGCAAGAGCUGAUAAGUCAAGGCGUCUGACUAGAAUUCAGGCAAACACUUUAAAGGACCUCAAAACAGCAGUUGGCAGAAGCAGAUUAUAUAUUCUUCCCCAGACCAAUAUUACACUGCCGUUAGAGAUCGCUGAAUUUGAAAAUACUCACGCUGUACCAGAGACAUCCCAGCCAACUGAACACGAGAGCCUUCCCCAGUAUUUUUCUCCUCCACUAUCCACAACACUGAUGGCUUCACCUACUGCUACCUCAACAGCCACCAGACCUGAGGUCUCACCCAGUACUCAAUCUCGACCCCCUGCAUCAUCAGCUUUGUCUUCAUCGAUGAACAAUGAUGGAAGCUCAGCAAGCACAGGCUUGGACUCUUGUCAAGAGCCAAGCUUAGAGUCAAGUUUGGAUUCUGCACAGUGGCUCAAUGCAGGGACCCCAGAGGUAUUUUACAGAGUGACAUGCUUGGAAUCAACGAACAGGUAUUUUCUAGGUUUAGAAACAUGUACCAUAUGUGACACGGAAUUCUAUUCAAUUUCUGUUCUGUCCUCAGCACUUGUGCUGUGCCCUGUAUAUUGACAGAUAGUUAAACAGCCCUUUCUUAUUAACACUCUGGAGAAAGUUUUGUCCUUUAUGAAGGUUUGAAUAUAAGAAGCUUUUUCUCCAGCAAAACUCUAUGGAAAAUACAGAAAGCAAAUAAAUGAUUUGUCAC